UUGUUGCUCGAUGGGUUCGAGUAUUCGGUGCCGAAGGCGACUACGGAGGGUUGUUUGAUUGCGAGUACAAACAGAGGUUGCAAGGCUAUCCAUUUGUCUGGUGGGGCUACCAGCGUGUUGUUGAGGGACGGCAUGACCAGAGCACUGGUUGUGAGGUUUAAUUCCGCCAAGAGAACUUCUGAGUUGAAGUUCUUCUUGGAGGACCCUGAAAAUUUCGAGACACUUUCCAUCAUCUUUAACAGGUCUAGUAGAUUUGCCAGGCUCCAGGGUAUUCAGUGCGUGAUUGCUGGAAAGAAUGUGUAUAACAGAUUUACUUGCAGCACGAGUCUCAAACUUUAGAUUUGUCUCAAAAUUUUCUUAAUGGGUCUAUUCCUACAUCAAUUCUUCAGUGCAAGAGACUUAGAGCCCUUGAUAAGGCAUCCUAAUGUUGUAACUUUGAAAGCUUACUACUGGUCUGUAGAUGAGAAGCUGCUCAUAUAUGAUUACAUUUCCAAUGGAAAUCUUUCCACUGCACUUCAUGGGAGGUCUGGAACAGAGUCAUUCACACCCCUAUCAUGGUCUGUUCGGCUAAAAAUCAUGAAAGGAAUUGCUAAAGGUUUGGUCUAUCUCCAUGAGUUCAGCCCCAAGAAAUAUGUUCAUGGUGAUUUGAAGCCUAAUAACAUUCUUCUUGGACAAAACAUGGAACCCCAAAUUUUCGAUUUUGGACUCGGUCGUCUUUCUAAUAUUGCUGGAGGUUCUCCCACCUUGCAAUCUAGUCGAAUGGCCACAGAUAAGUCACAAGACAGGCCACAAAAGAGUGCACCUUCUGAUGCCACUACUGUUGCUUCGUCUACUAGCACUACUACUUACUUGGGAUCUUGUUAUAUUGUCCCGGAAGCACUGAAAGUGGUGAAACCAUCCCAGAAGUGGGAUGUUUAUUCGUAUGGUGUUAUUCUGCUAGAAAUGAUUACUGGCAGAUUGCCCAUAGUCCAAGUAGGUUCCUCUGAAAUGGAUUUGGUUCAUUAGAUUCAGCUCUGCAUUGAAGAGAAGAAGCCUCUCUCAAAUGUUUUAGACCCUUAUUUAGUCCAAGAUGCCGAAAAGGACGACGAGAUUAUUGGAGUUAUUAAGAUUGCAAUGGCUUGCAUUCAAACUAGUCUUGAGAAGAGACCAACAAUGAGGCAUGUAGGUGAAGCUUUGGAGAGGCUGAUCAUAUCUGAUUCUUGAGAAACCCAACAAGCUAGUGAGAAUCCUUUUCUUCAUGUUUUAGCCUUUAAGUGAUCAUAUGAAACCAUGAAAUAACCCUUUUACAAUUGUAAUUUGACAUAGAUCUGCAUGACUUCAAAUUCAUUGUAAGUUUCUCAAUUUCUUUUAGCUAUUAUUGCAUUGGACUGGCUCAAGUUAGGUCUGCAACAAGAGCAUGCUUUCAAGUGUUAUUUGAAAUUGAGUUUGUUUUUAGUAUAUGUGAGCUGUGUUGUUACUCUUCUAAAUUUUGAAACGCCUCCACCUACUAAUUAUUUAAACAUUUAUCUGCUAUUAUUUCAUUAU